CAGGGACCUUAUUUAACAGAAAGUUUAUCAACUGCAUAAGAUUAUGUUCGAAUCUAAAAAUAAUUACGAAUCAUGAAGUGAGAAGAUCGUGUGACAGAAUUUGGCAGUGUUCCUUUGGAAAGUACGAGGUAGCAGGCGUACAGAGCGAGAAUAGAACGUAGGGACUUCUUGAAUAUGAAGGAAAUGCUAAACGUCGCGAUCCUGAUAAUGAAAGAAAAAGAUUACGCAAGCACACAGGUGAAUCCAUCGCAUUCACGAUGAACUGGGAUGAAGAGGAGACACUGGCGUGGGAGCUGGUGGCCCGAGAAGCCCAGCAGAGGUUCUCGGAAACGUGGGGCAGCCGGAAGUGGGAAGUGUUCCUACAGUCAGAGCGCAAGCUGCUGGAGGCGAGAGUUGGGCUAGCGCUGUUCGGUUUUCCCGAGCAGUCGAACGCGGACUGCUACAGGAAGAAACAAGCGAAGGUUAUAACGAAAGUCUGCGAUGUGAUAGUUCGGAAAACGAGGAAAUACGCCAAGUUCGGACAGGUGAAAAUGUCGUGUGUUUUCGUGAGUGCUAAAAGUAAGAAAGACAGGUUCACCGUCCCCUUGAUCCGUGUGUUGAAAUAUGAUUACGCGGAUGACAUGUGUAACCACCGCUUCAUUGAUACCAACUGCAAUGUUUACAGGAACUGGGAAUGUUUCCUCAAGCAGAACAAACUUCCCCACUGCCUAAUAUUAUACCCCACAAAUGGGAUAUAUACCCAAAAGGAUGGGAAAGUCCUAUUAAGCCGAGGUGAAUCCACGCGCCGGUUCUCAACUGCCGUGUCUGUCGUGCGUCCCUGGGGUUCACUGGGGGUCACUGGUUUCGGGUUGGAGUCCUCACGAAUCCCUGUGAGCCCUGUGGUGGCAGGCACGGCCAUGAAAGGGGCCCUGUUCAUUGCUCGCUCUGUCAGCACAAAGAGGGUCAGGGCCAAGGAAGGAGAAACCGCUGAACACGAUACUGACUCUGAGCAAUUGUGAUGUCAUUUGCGGGUUAGUGAAAUAUCCUCUAAAGAUGAGAAGGCAAGGCAAGUGUUGGGUUCAACAUGGACGACCCUGACCGUGUUACUAUUCAUUUAAGUACACAUUGAGCUUCAGAGUACCUAGGAUAACAGAUUUGCUCUAAAAAUCAUGCUGAUGUUUUUAGCUUGCAUAGUACAUGCGGUGCAUCCUGUUCGUAUCGCCUUCUCUUCGUUUGAAGCAUGUGAGAUAACAUAAUCAUGCUUGUGUUCUAUGUUAAAGAAGGGAGUUGGGGUAACAUAGUGACUAGACACCUGGCUAGGGAACCAAGGAAUUGCAGUUCGAUUCCUGACAGAGCACACAGAUUUUCCUGAUCACCACAGCCUCCACACCUGCUCCGAAACCCAUCCAACCUCAUAUAUAAAUGGUACCGGAGGAUUUUACCUAGCGGCUAAAGCGGCUGAAGCCUGAUGCUUGUAACUCACAUGUAUCUAGAGCAGAUGUUAAGAAUGCAUGGAGCCGUAACUCCAUUUCUCAUACGCCAUCCUUGCGUGAUGAGUAAUUAAGCACACAAAAGUUCAUUAUCUUCCUCCAAAACACCAUACAAAAGAACUCCGUGGUUUUAGUCCGCAA